GUGGUGAUUCCAAUGCACCGACAACGACUAUGUCAUCCAGUCAUGUUAGUUUUUUGGCCAGAGAUAAUAGCAACAGCAUCAGUGGUAUUGGUGUUGGUGGCGGUGGAGGAGGCUUUGGUCAUGGUGGUGGUGGUGUCAACUUUCAUACCACUGAGCUUUCUAUCACACCCACGAUGACUGGCGAUGAGCAGUGCAUUGAUUUGGGUAGCCUGCGAAGAUUUUCCAUAGAUCGCCAUAGUUUCUUGGAUUUAGGUUCCAAAUUUGGCAUGUCACAGCCAAAAUUUGGUCAAAGCGUUUCACAGCAAGGUUUCUUUACAUCACACGAUAGCCUCGCCACACCAUGUGCAUCAAGAGCUUCCAAUUUACAUGUGGCCAAUACAAGCACUGCCUCCGAUAUGGAUUUGUUACACAGCAACAAACAGCAGACGCGACGAAAGUCACGUGGACGCCUGAAAGACAACGAUCAACCGUUGCUCGGUGGUACGUGGAAUCGUUCAGCGGGUCGCGGUUCACAGGAUAACACACUGAUGGGUAGCCAUCAGUUUAGUGGGAAUUUUUGUAAUGGUACCGAUCGUUAUCCCCGCAAUCGUUCCGCCACCUCGUCAACACCAACACAACAACAUCAUCAGCAACAGACAUCCUCCCAUCAUUUGCAACAUUCUGCCUCCAUGUCGCACGCCACACACCAGCAUCAACAACAGCAGCAGCAACAGCAACACUCCUCCUCGCAACAUCAUCCGCAGCGUUCCUCCAUGUCACAGCCACAACAACUGCCAUUGCAUAAAAAGCAACCACAUCGUACACCAUCGCAACGCCUGCGUGCCGUUACGGCGGCCCGAAAAUUCCAUUUUGUGUUCGAUCCAGCGGGGCGUCUCUGCUACUACUGGUCCAUGGUCGUAUCGCUGGCCUUCCUCUACAAUUUCUGGGUGAUCAUUUAUCGCUUUGCCUUCCAGGAGAUCAAUCGGCGCACAAUAGUCGUGUGGUUCUGUCUCGACUACUUUUCGGAUCUGCUGUAUCUCAUCGAUAUCUUCUUUCACUUUCGCACCGGCUAUCUGGAGGAUGGCGUCCUGCAGACUGACGCCUCAAAGCUGAGGCAACACUACAUGAACUCGACGAUAUUCUACAUAGACUGCCUGUGUUUGCUGCCAUUGGAUUUUUUAUACUUAUCGAUAGGAUUUAAUUCAAUUUUACGCUCGUUUCGUUUAGUGAAAAUCUACAGAUUUUGGGCAUUUAUGGACCGCACCGAACGCCACACGAACUAUCCCAAUUUGUUUCGUUCGCUGGCGCUCAUCCACUAUCUCCUUGUGAUAUUCCAUUGGAACGGGUGUCUCUACCACAUUAUCCAUAAGAAUAAUGGAUUCGGUUCGCGCAACUGGGUCUACCACGACUCCGAGUCGGCCGAUGUAGUUAAACAAUAUUUACAGAGUUAUUAUUGGUGUACGUUAGCUUUAACAACGAUCGGCGAUCUGCCGAAGCCCCGAUCAAAGGGCGAAUAUGUCUUUGUGAUAUUACAGCUGCUAUUUGGAUUAAUGCUAUUUGCGACGGUGUUGGGGCACGUAGCCAACAUUGUGACGUCAGUGAGUGCGGCACGCAAAGAAUUUCAAGCCAAAUUGGAUGGCGUGAAAACGUAUAUGCGUAUGCGACGUGUGCCCAAUCAUCUGCAGGUGAAGGUCAUCAAAUGGUUCGAUUACCUGUGGCUGACGCAAAAAUGUUCCGACGAGGAACGUGCCGUAUCAUGUCUUCCUGAUAAACUAAAGGCUGAAAUAGCAAUUAACGUCCAUUUAGAUACACUAAAACGAGUUGAGAUUUUUCAAAAUACUGAAGCCGGCUUCCUGUGUGAAUUGGUAUUACGUUUGCGUCCGGUGCUCUUUUCACCCGGUGACUAUAUAUGCCGCAAAGGUGAGGUGGGCAAGGAAAUGUACAUCGUUAAUCGUGGACGCUUGCAAGUGGUGGCUGACAAUGGUAAAACCGUAAUGGCUUCAUUAAAAGCAGGUUCCUAUUUCGGAGAGAUAAGCAUAUUAAAUAUGGGCACAGCAGGAAAUCGCCGCACAGCUUCUGUACGUUCCGUGGGCUACAGUGAUCUGUUUGUGUUAAGCAAAAAGGAUAUGUGGGAUGUCCUUAAGGAAUAUCCGGCAGCCAGGGUACGUCUGGAAUCGAUAGCUGUCAAACGCUUAGAGAAAUAUAAAAAAGCACCAUUGGAAAAAGUACAAUACUUUAAUACAGUUGCCAUGGGUCGUUGCCAAUCCACGCCGGGCCUAUUGGAGACGUGUGGCCGUACCACCUUGGAGGAUAUGUAUUUACCACCAGCACCAUUAGUGCCAUUCGCUGUGUUGCAACAGCAACAUCAGCAACAACAACAACAACAGCAGCAGCAGCAACAACAACAAAUGCGUCAAACGCAACAAGAACAAGUACAACAACAACAACAACAGCAGCAGCAGGCGGCGUCUUCAACACAGCAAAUGCCAUCUCACAUGGCUUAUAGUCGCGCCCCCAGUCCCCGAUCUAGUCAGACGUAUAGUGAACGUAUACAACGUGCCACAGAAUCGCCGGGCUCUAUGAGCCCCAGUGUACAUAGUUCAGAUGAUAGACCCCGUAGCAGAGCCACCUCUCAUCACUCGACGAGACCGCAGUCGCAACCCAGUAGAACAGGUCAUAUCUGUGAUUCUAGUUCCCAUUUGGAUUGUUAUGGCACUGGCACAUCGGCAGCCAGUGGUGUAGGCGGUGGCACAACUCCAUUGCUGGGCUCCCAUGAAGCUCUGGAGGAUGAAAUAAAACGUUUGCGAGAACGCCUGCACACUGUCGAAUCAGAGAAUCAAGCUUUAAAUACCAAACUCUCGCAGCAGCAAUGGGAUCUGGAGAAUCGUUUGGCCGAAAUCGAAAUGCAGAUUUGUGGCGUAUCAUCGACGUCGAGUUUGGAUCCGGAACAUGAGACCGAAGAGUUGGAGAGAAAUCGUGAAAGUAUCAUAUAACACGGGAGCGAGCUGCCCCAUCAGCCGAUCGGUAUGACGAUGAUGUACAUAUCAUGUUACUCAUGACAACCACCUCAACCACUACCAAUACUUUUAACAUUUCUCUCAUCGACAACAAAAACCAAAACCAAAAAUAACAUUCGCAUCCUCAUC